CUGCUGUCGUCAUCGGUCUUCGCCAUAUUGGUUGAGAAAGUCGAUGCAGAGGCAAGGGGUACAAGCUGCCCCUUAUAAUAAUAAAGAGCGAAUUUUGGAUCAGAGAAAUCCAUAGAAGCCUAUUUAUGUGUCGGAAACUGUAAAGACUGUUUAACUGAGGCAGGGACAGGUCUGGAUACGCUCGUUUCGUCGUUGUUACGACUUGUCUGCAGAUUAUGACUUCCAUGACCCAGAGGAGCUCAGGCCUGGUGCAGAGGCGGACCGAGGCCUCUCGCAAUGCCGCUGCCGACAAAGAGAGGGGAUCUGGGGAUGAAGACUACGAAUCACGUCGCGGGGAUGAACAGGAAGAUGAUGACAAGGGAGAUUCCAAAGAAACUCGGCUCACACUCAUGGAGGAAGUCUUGCUUCUAGGGCUGAAGGACCGCGAGGGGUACACGUCCUUCUGGAACGACUGCAUCUCCUCAGGGCUGCGGGGGUGCAUGCUCAUUGAACUGGCCUUAAGAGGCCGGCUGCAGCUGGAGGCCUGCGGGAUGAGGAGGAAAAGUUUACUAGCCAGGAAGGUGAUUUGUAAGUCUGAUGCUCCUACCGGGGAUGUCUUGCUGGAUGAAGCUUUGAAACACGUCAAAGAGACCCAGCCACCAGAAACGGUACAGAGCUGGAUCGAGCUGCUGAGUGGCGAGACGUGGAACCCUUUAAAGCUACACUACCAGCUCCGGAACGUGCGGGAACGCCUGGCCAAGAACCUGGUGGAGAAGGGCGUGCUCACCACCGAGAAACAGAACUUCCUGCUGUUCGACAUGACCACGCACCCGCUCACCAACAACAACAUCAAGCAGCGGCUCAUCAAGAAGGUGCAGGAGGCGGUGCUGGAGAAGUGGGUCAACGACCCCCACCGCAUGGACAAGCGUCUGCUGGCCCUCAUCUUCCUGGCCCACUCGUCCGACGUGCUGGAGAACGCUUUCGCCCCGCUGCUGGACGACCAGUACGACCUGGCCAUGAAAAGAGUACGGCAGCUCCUGGACUUGGACCCCGAGGGGGAGAGCAUGAAGGGCAGCACAAACGAUCUCCUCUGGGCUGUGGUGGCGGCCUUUACCAAAUGAGCCCGUGGGGGGGGGUCGAGCGCCGUCCCAGGACCAUGGAGCUGAGACUCAGACUACCACGGAGGCAGGGAUGUUGGCAUGGUCCCCCCCCCGCAUAGUUACAGAUGGUUGACUCCGGGUCUGCAGACAUGUCAUUCUGUCACACUGUCCUGCCUUGUAGAUAAAAACCCCCUCCCAUUCCAUGCCCUUUUAUAUUCACUGUCAGACCCUGUGUGGUUUAAUCACUCAUGUUACUAUUCCCACCAUCUGAACUCUUAACAAAAAGAUUCUCUCUGGUUUUUAAAAGCCGUUGUUUGGUGGCGGAGGGGGUUGGGGGGGGGGGGGGUCUCUUCAGUAUGUAAGAGUUUGAUUCAGAAAUGAUUCAGAUUUCCUGGUAGAGCCAUCAUUUUGUCAUAAAUGGAUGUUUUUUCUUGAGUAUGCAUCCUGGGCUAAAGUACUUUAAUAUUCAGCUUCUUGCCCUUGUGUAAUCAGUAAUGGUAAUAAUUCCCCCCCCCUUUUUUUUUUUUUUUGGCACCAUGUACCUUCAGAUCCUAACAGCACAACAAAUUUACUCUGAGGCGGCACUGGAAUCCUGUGUUUGAUAGAGGGGAAAAAAGCUUUUAAAAUUUAAAUUCCACACAUAUAUUUUACUCUCGAUCCUUUACAAAUGACAUGUACUCGUUUUCAUAAAACAUGUAUUUACAAUAAAACACAAAAACACUAAUUACACUUACAUGUGAUUACGCCUUGUAUGUAAGGACGAUUUCUGCUUCUGUUUGUAAUAUUGAUUAAAUCUAUGAUCUGUUUAUUUUUGUAACUUAAGUAAUCAAUGCGAAAAAAAUAAUAAUUCUAGCCAACUCAGCUGCUUGCUACUUAACAAAUCACAAUUUCAAUGGAGCGAACUUGGGGUUGGAUACAUUCCAUUGUGUUUUGUAAAUAGUUCCUAGUGUAUUCUGACACUUGUAGCCAGUUUUACUGAAUGGAUCUGGCAUGCAUUCAAGUUAUUACUAACUUUCGGUAUGCUUUGGUCUGCUACCGCUGGCCGUUCGGAUUUCAUAGUAACAACGUAGUCAGGUACUCCAGAAAACAACUUGUUUAACUCCUUUUCAAUCUGCCACAGUGUCACAAGUUUAGGUGUCAUGAAAAUGGCCUUUGACCAAUUAUUCAGGUUAUUUUCUUGAACUUUUGUUUUUGAAACAGAUGGAAUUUCUCUACAUUAGUUCUGAAAUGCAUAUCCUAUGCUUUAUUUCAUAUUCACUUUUUUUUUUUGCUUUGCUUUUCACUCAUUUUAUAUUCAUCAACUUAUUAUUUUUGAAUGUUAUGCAAUUAUGGCUUACUUUAUUUUAGUUACCUUCACUUUUGCGUUCAUGUAUGCAAUUUAUUGAGAAGAUAGACACUGAAUUGGGGGCAUAUAGUAUACUUGUGACAGGGGGUUUAAAUGUGUCUGAAAGUUUUGUUAAUAUGGUCUUCAGAGUGAAAGAUACUAAAUAUAACUAUUGGCAUUAAAGGGAUCCCUAUUCUGUAUACUUGCUUUUUACCAUACAAUAAACUAAGAUCAUGGAAGUGCCUGAAA